AUGGAUGAGGCAGAGAAGUACCAACAAAGACUACAAGCCAUAGUGUUUUCUUGGCUGUUGAGAGAUAACUUACAGGAAGACUCCUCAGAAGUGAGGGGAGAGGCGUCGGCAGCAGGAAGAAGAGUAGAGGCUGACGAGGGAGACAGAGGAAGAGUGGUUGAAGACAACCCAGGAAAAGACAACAGCAGUCUGCUGGCCUUACUCAUCCUGGGCGAGAUCCAAAAUGGCAGCGCCGCAGGACUCGUUCGGUCUGUAGAGGAGCCAAAAUGGCAGAGGAGCGCUGCCAGGGAACAAACCAAAAGUCAAAAGACGCCCGAGGACGAGGAGGCAGCUGAUGCCAGAAAAGAGGAACAAGCCUCACAAGAAGAAAACAAAGAGGAAUCUGUCAAGUGUGCAGCCGCAACCAGAACACACAGCCACUAUCAGGCUGGCACUGACGAGGACGUGCAAGUGAAUAAAAAAGCUGAGCAUCACUUCUCCACACAAAUGGCACAAAGGAUGUUUCAUGAAGGUGGGCAAGAAGGUCGAUCAGUCCUGGGAUCGUUGGCAGUGCAGGUUGAGAGAGACCCUAAGACAGGUGCCACCGUCGUCAGGUCAGUUGCCCCCAUGCCCACACCGGCUGGUGUGCCGACGGCUACCAGUGUCUUCGACGAUGGCAGGAAGAGUAUCCACGCUGUCGGUGGGUCGGGGAGUCAACCUUCGUCUGAAGAGCUCGGGCAGAUCUUGAGCUUUGUCGAUGGGGUUGGUAUGAAAGUGCUUCUGGAUGAGGUCACAGUCACGCCAAACAAGGCGGAGGCAAAGAAAGAGAAAGCCAAAAGAGCUCCGGAGGGAAAAGUCCUGUCUUUUUCUACCCGUAGUGCCAUGUCAAAGGAGGACAAUGCGCAGUCAGACAGCUCUAGAGGCUACAGCUCUAGAGGCUACAACGCGAAACCUAAGCUGGGGACAGACGACCGUCCUAUAAGGAUGGGAAACAAGAAGGAUGAAAAAGAAGACAGAAGCGUCAUGGCGGUUAAAGACAGAAGCGUCAUGGCGGUUAAAGACAUCGCGGGAGAAGUAGGUAACGUGGAGGAUCUAAAGUUGGAGGAAGGCCCAGUCACUCUUAUGUUCAUGGGAUACGCUGAUGCUGACCAAGACGACAGCCAAGACGACAGCCAAGAGCAAGGCAUGCUCACCGUGGAGCGAGUGAUCAUCACUGAGGACGGAGAUGUCUUAGGACCUGAAACGUCUGCUUCACCUCAGGCAGGGAAAGAGUCCAAAGUUUUUCAGGACAUUGCCCUGGAUGGAAAUGGGGCAGGAGGAGUUAAAGUCCAGGAGGAGGAAGAUGAUAAGGGGCUGCAUGAGUCGUCUUCACCCAUUAAAGCAGAGGGAGACAUCACAUCCAAGCGCAAGACCUGCAAGUGUUGCUCUGUCAUGUAAGAAGGUGAUUGAGGAGAGAGACUCCCUCAUCAGCCUUAAUGGUAUCAUUUGUAAUAUUUGUGACACUACAUGCUGCCUUGCUGUCUAAAUGACUGAUAUGAGAGAAUAGACCACCACCUGCUGUGGUCUUACAAUGGUUUUGGCUCUGAGCACCCAUCACUUCACUUCACAUUGCCAAAGAAAGAGACAUUUAUCAGAUUAUAGGUCUUUUGUAGCAGCCGUGGACUGACGACAGCUCUGAGGGACUAUUCAAAUCCACUUCCUCCCUCUGGUGGACAAAGCUGAGAAUUUCAACAUGCCCUUCUGCAGACAUGCAAAUAUCUCUAAUCUCAAAUGUGCCUUAUUAGCCAAAAAUAUUCCAUAUGUUUAACUGUAGUUUGCUCGACGACGAAUAGAAAAAGCCAAAAAGCAGAAGAAGCAUAACUUACAGCUUUGUGCAUCAAUAUUUCUAACAGUAAUCAUGGUGUGGUUCAUUGUGUCUACUUUAAUGUUAAUUUGAAAAUGUAAAAAAAAAAAAAAAGAGAGAGGGAUAUUUGUAACAUCCUUUAAAACUUUUGAAAUGUCCACUACUACUACUCAGGUCUAUAGCUUUCACAUAGGACACCAAUGAUGUUUUAUGAUAAUUUGUUUUUUUUUAAUGUCCUGAGGAGGAGUUUGUAUUCUACAAUUACACAUGAAUUUCACAUGU